AUGCCAGACAUCAUAAUCACAUAUGCGUGUGGUAAAAUCCUAAUAAGCCGAUUACGUUGUAAGGGGGUCGUCGCGUGGGUGUUGUAUCCACUGCCUAUCGAUAUCGGCUCGUCUCACAAUGCUGAAGGCAUUCGAUGUCUUCCUCAGGAUGUGUCAAACCACGGCCACGGUUUCCGUUCUACCCCCUUCCUUAAAUGCGCUCCUCACAGAGGGUGUAGGGGUGUAAGGGGCGCGAGUCAACGACCCCUGUCCGAUGUUUGCGAAUUUUUGAUCGGUGUGCAUUGCACUCAUGGCUUGAACAGAACCGGGUAUAUGGUUUGCAGGUACAUGCGUGAUCGACUCGGAAUAUCAGCACAAGAAGCUAUAGAGGAAUUCCAAAAUGCUCGAGGAUACGCCAUAGAAAGGCAAAACUACGUCGCUGAUAUUUUAGGAGAAAAUCCACCGCCUCCCGAAGUAGGUGAUUGUUCCACAAUCGUAAGACCUAUCGAUGAAUCACCAGUAGUAUAUCGCAGUAAAAGUAAAAAAUCAAAGAAAAAAUCCUAUAAUAAUAUACCCAAUGAUAAAAAUUAUUAUGAGAGCAAAAAAUCCAAAACGAAAGUAAAGCGACGUCACAAGUCUAAUCAAUCGUACUCCAAUCGUUCUUCAAAUGAUUAUAAUUUUAAAUACGAUUAUUAA